CCUGUCAUUCAGCUAACCACGCCCCUACUGCUGGUGACUUCCGCUUCUGUGUCAAUCCAAGGCUACUCACUUAAUUCCUGCUCAUCUCGCGGACUUGUCAAAACAUUCCCUCUGCGCGCACCACCGAGGUCACUAAUUGACUUCUCGUCAAAGGCACGAGAAACCCAAGCAGAGCUCAGACGUGACAGCAUUCGUCCGCCUGCUGUCCUAGAGCCGGUUUGCUGUGAUUGACGUCUCCUGCCGAUAUAGAAAUUGCCGUCGUUCUGGCUUUUGGACGAUCCCUGGACAUUGUUUCCUUGGCGACACUCCAGAGGGACUUUGAUUGACGGGUCGCCCUCCGGAGGAACUCUGAGGGAUUCGCCUCCAAUAGGAACAUGUGCUGAGAGUUCAUCUGUCCCAAACGACUGGUGGCCUUUGACUCUAGAAGAUGAACAAUGAGGAUGAGUUCUACGACGCCGUCACAGGCCUGGAUUCUGACGAGUCCUAUGAGGGGAUGUCGGAGGCCAGCUUCAAAGAUGCAGUUGUAUUUGAUGGCAGCAGUCAGAAGAAGAACGGCUCGGUGGCACAGGAGAACGGCAUCAGGAAACACAGGACGUCAUUGCCCUCGCCCAUGUUUUCUAGAAACACUGUCAGCAUCUGGGGCAUCCUGAAGAAAUGCAUCGGACUGGAACUCUCAAAGAUCACGAUGCCCAUCGCCUUCAAUGAGCCUCUGAGCUUCCUGCAGAGAAUAACCGAGUACAUGGACCACACUUACCUCAUUAACAGAGCCUGCUCUCUGCCCGAUUCCAUAGAGCGCAUGCAGGCAGUUGCUGCUUUUGCUGUGUCGGCAGUUGCGUCUCAGUGGGACAGAACUGGGAAACCCUUCAACCCUCUGCUGGGAGAGACUUUUGAGCUCACUAGAGAAGAUCAGGGCUUCCGGCUGAUAUCGGAGCAGGUAUCCCAUCAUCCACCAGUCAGUGCCUUCCAUGCAGAGAGUCUGGUCGGGGACUUUGUCUUCCACGGCUCCAUCUACCCCAAACUCAAGUUCUGGGGCAAGAGCGUUGAGGCGGAGCCAAAGGGGAUCAUCACGCUAGAGCUACUCAAGCACAACGAGGCGUACACAUGGAGUAACCCUUACUGCUGCGUACACAAUAUCAUCCUGGGAAAACUGUGGAUCGAGCAGUACGGCACGGUGGAGAUAGUCAACCACAGCACUGGAGACAAGUGUGUGAUGAACUUCAAGCCCUGUGGGAUGUUCGGCAAAGAGCUUCACCGAGUUGAAGGGUACAUUCAGGAUAAGAGUAAAAAGAAGCACUGUGUCAUCUAUGGGAAGUGGACCGAGUGCAUGUGGAGUGUGGACCCUCAGGCCUACGAGGCCCACAAGAAGUCAGAGAGGAGAGGAGACAACAAGAAGCAGAAAAAUGAGGAGCAGGAGGGAGCGGAGAACGAUGACGCGGACGAUAUGCCUGACGUCCAGGAGACGGUUUCUGUGGUUCCAGGAAGUACUCUGCUCUGGAGGAUAGACGCCCGACCGCCACAGUCCGCCGAGAUGUACAACUUCACCCACUUUGCAAUGUCUCUGAAUGAGCUGCAGCCCGGCAUGGAGGCCUUCUUGGCCCCCACAGACUGUCGCUUCAGGCCGGACAUCAGAGCCAUGGAGAAUGGCAAAAUGGAUGAGGCCAGUAAGGAGAAGGAGAGACUGGAGGAGAAACAGAGAGCUUCCAGAAAGGAGAGAGCUAAGAACGAGGAGGAGUGGACUACCAGGUGGUUUCAGAUGGGCACCAACCCGUACACCAACUCCCAGGGCUGGCUGUACUCCGGCGGCUACUUCAAUAGGAAAUACCAACACAUGCCUGAAAUCUACUGAUAGCCCGGCAGCCUUCGUCCGCCUCCUCCUCUGUACCGUGCAAUGACCUGCCUGUCAUGAAAUGGAGAGAAAUGUUAUGAACCCACGUACCCAUCUUGAUCUCACGGCCUUCAUCGUCGUCCUGUGUAGACUGAGCGACCCUCCCCGCACUGAGUGCAAAGACUAACAGAGGACCCGCGUGCGCGUCACUCCUCGCAGCCUGCACGACGACACGCUUCAGGUCUUUGUUUUUUAAAUCUUCACGUAAAGUCUUAGGCGCUGCUUUUGUGAUUUUUGUAUUGCAUAUCGACAAGCAGGGUUUUCCCACCUCUCGCCGUCGCUUAGAGCACAAGAAUAGUUUUUAUUUCUGACCACGCAAAACGAAAAUGAACAGCGCACAAACUCCGAUGUAUCCGAUCUGAAUGUUAAACGUCUUUACAAUCAAACUCUCACCAACCUGCCGAACCUCUGGACCACGAGUUUCCCAGGCAUGAAGUAAAGCAUAAUGAUCCCAUCAAUGGUUCAUGGACGGGCAUCCAGUCAGCAGGGACAUCAGGGAUGUGAAUUCUCUUUUGACUGAGAUGAAUCUCGAGAAUGCUUAUUCUUUAUUUUUUAGGAGCUCUGCAAAUAUACAAGUAUAGACAUGUACCACUGUACAGAAAAAAACACGAGUUCAUUACUGGCGGACGCGUUGUAUCCCUGGAACAUUUACUCUUGCUGCCCCCCCAAGGUAGAAAACCGGUGUUUCCCCGACAGCGUGAGUGUACAGUGUGAGGGGAACGUGCGACCAGAUGAGACGAAAUUUAGUUCUGCGUAGUUUGAUCUGUCCCUUUAUGGAAGGAGUUUGACAUUUUUAUUGGAGAAUAUUUAACUGCUAUGAUGGAGCCGCCACCGUUGAGCAACAGUGCUGACAUCCCCAACAACAAUUUAAGUGACCGCAGCCUCACAUUCACGGUGUGAGUGUAUUAAUAUGUACAGACACUUAUCAAGCCAUGUUAGCUACAAGAGAGCGAGCGUAUUUGCUGUGUGAGUAAUGGCAAUUUACAUUAUUGCUAUUAAUCUCGCUCAUUAAGGCCCAGUUAAAAAAAGAACAAUCGUAUCGGCGUAAUAUUAUGUGACAUGAUGUGCAGCUGGAUUGGAUGUUUAUGUAUACGGAUCCUCUACAAAAUUAGAAAAUUAUGACAAAGCAAGAUAAAAAACUAUAGAUUAAAAAUGGAAAGCCGCGUCGCCCUGGUCGACUCAUUAUGGCCCGCGGCUCGUCUCAUAAUCCGUCCACGUUUUUUUUUUUUUUUCAAAAGAAAACCCUAAAGAGAAAGUUAAAAAGCACAUGGAUGAAUGUUGGCGCAAAAAACAAACUGAGCGAAACAAGUGUCCGAGGGUGAAAGCAGUGCACAUCUAGUAUUUGUACAGAAACUCUUCACUACCUGCUGCUGCGCUCUGCUCCCGAUUCGCACCUCGACCCUCACGUUCCCCCUGUUUCACUGGUGAGAAUGUUUUUCACAAAGGGAAAAAAAAGCACUUUGCUCCUGUGCUUUUGUUGGGUGAAGAAAGAAAGAAGGCGAUGGAUCUUCUAGGUUGCACCUUUUUAAAUGAGGACGGAGGCGGUGGCACACAGCUAUCGAGCAGCAUCGUGUCCCUUGUGGCUCUAAAGUCAGGGCGACCAGAGCGUCUGGGAGCCAUCAUGCACUUCACUACAGCAACUCUAUGCAACCGCUGCACCUCAACAUGGACCUGUUGUACAGCAGCGUCCCCCCCCCCCCGCUCCCCCCCAAGAGCACAGACACACUCGUUGAGCCUCUCAGCUUCGCAAGCAAUUCCUUUGCCUUCUUAGUUUAUCUUACAUUCCAAAUGAAAAGGACAUUCUUCCAAUUUUUGGGGACGACGCAUCUUGUAUCGCCUUAAAUGUUCGAUUUGUGUGUUUUGUUUUUAAGAACUUAAAUCUAUGACUAAUGUUUAGUGCCUGCUCUUUACAUUCCCUUUUUUUAAAUUUAUGUUUAUUUAUGAUUGAGGUUUCAUGAAAUACUUCUGUUGUCAUUUUUCUUUUUGCUUCAACUAAUUCAAACAGCUCUUCAUUUAAUUAUUUCACGUAACAUGAAUCUUUAUAGAGGAGCAGAGUGCGUUAUCGGGGCUUGAAGUGAACGUCAUUCACCAGUUUAACACUAGUCAGUAAAGUGUGAGAUUUGUUGUUAAAGUACAAAAUAAUCUACAUCGACACUACUUGAGUUGAAGUUCACACCAGCUAAAUGCUACAGUUGUAAAUGAUCCCACAACAGAAACAAACUCUAUGGAAGGUAGUUGUUGACCGUAAAGUGAUUUGAGCUGGUGAAGUUGUGCGAGUUGUGCGAGCGGCUCAGUCUGACGUUGUGAAACUAGAUUUGUUGCUUUGAGUGUCGGUUCUUUGUUGAGUUUGAAACUAUCACGGGGUUCUCGAUGUCGUAUGUGUACAAGUGCUGCACAGAAGUAAUCACAAGCAAAAUGGCAUAUUAUUUUGUGUGAUUUAUUCCUUUUAAAAAAAAUAGUAUUUAAGCAAUUUUUGGUGAGAGAAUUGUACCAGUUUUAUUUUCAGGUGAGGGACUGUAAGGGGUCAUAUCCAAUCUGUGGACAUUUUCACAUUAAUGUACGAGCGGAAAUGUUAACUAAUAAAUCCUAAUUUCAGUUUA